GGUGGGAGAUGAUGGUUUCUCUGAAAGAGAGUGCUGUCCUUAGAAAGAGGAGCACCAUGGAAGUGCUACGUCCCACCCUGAUAAGGAUUGGGGGAAGAAUUUAUAGGAAAAAUCUCAUUCAGGAGCAGACCUACCACCCUGAAGAGGAAGCGGAUUUCUAUGCAGGCCCUGGUGACUGCGCGGAUGAACCGUGCGAUGCCUUUGCGGUGGAGGAGACCGAGAAAGGCUUCCAGUGCCGAGUGGAGGUUCCCAGCCCGCUUUACAAGUACAUCAUUGGGAAGAAGGGAGAGACCAAGAAGCGGUUAGAGACGGAGACUCGGACCUCCAUCAGCAUUCCCAGGCCUGGAGUGGAGGGAGAAAUCGUGAUCACGGGCGAGCAGCGCAGCGGCGUCGCCUCGGCCCGCACGCGUCUGGACGUGCUCCUCGAGAGCGUGCGCAAGAAGCAGCCCUUCACGCACUUCCUCUCCUUCGCCCUCAACCAGCCCGUCGUGCAGGAGAGGUUCCUGCAGUUCAAGGAGCAGGUGCUGGAGAAAUGCUCCAAGGACCCCGGCGUGAGCAGCAGCCUGUUCCAGAACCCCGCGAAGCUGCACCUGACGCUGGGGACCCUGGUGCUGCUGAGCGAGCAGGAGAUCCGCAAGGCGUGCGAGCUCCUGCGCCGCUGCAAGGACGACUUCGUGGACCAAAUCACCGGAGGCAGCCCCCUGGUCGUGGAGGUGGCAGGGGUGGAGUACAUGAACGAUGACCCUACCAUGACCRACGUCCUCUACGCGAAAGUCCACAUGAAGGAUGGCUCAGACAGGCUGCAGGUGCUCGCGGAUAAACUGGUGGAGCGCUUUGUGGCCUCCGGCCUCAUGCUGAAGGAGUGGGAUAGGGUGAAGCUCCACGCCACUGUCAUGAACACCCUCUUCAGGAAGGACCCCAGUGCUGAAGAGCGAAGCAGCUCAGCGGCUGGUAAAUCGUCUUGCAAGGAACGGGAGUCCUUUAAUGGCCAGAACAUCCUCAAGCUCUUUGAGAACUUCUCCUUCGGCGAGGUGCAGCUGGACUCGGUGCGUCUCUCUCAGCGCUUCUCCUCGGACGCCUCCGGCUACUACGCGACCUCCGGCCAGCUGACGUUUUCCUGAAGCAGGAACGCGACUCCCAUCCGUGCCCGGAGGCACAGAGAUCCAUCAGGGAAGUACAUUUUCACAGGACGGGCAUUUUGGCCAGAAACCCAGGAGCUCCCAACAAGGAUGCCUCAUUCCACAAGUGCUUUGCAGCCAGGAACAGGCUUUGCUCUUCCUCCAUGGUGCUUUUUUCCCUCGGGAAAACUGGUGCGGGCUCCGUUGGGGGUGUCCCUACUGCUCGAAAGUGACUUUAUUCCAGAAGGGGAUUUCACGGUGUCGAGGCUGGGCGCUGCUGGCGUCUCCAGCCGCGUGGUGUUGAUCUCCCAGCGAAUGAAUUAGCUUCAAAAGCAGCCUGUUUAUCUCCUGUUGCGUUGAUAGCUGCUGUAAUUAAAAUUCC